AUGGCUACUAUGAUCAAGCCAUUUCUCCUUGCCAUUUUGGUUAUCUUGCUUUCAAAGGUUGUGAAUUCAACUACUGAGCCUACAAUUUCAGCUUCUCCUGGCCUUUUGCCUUAUGUGACUUCCCCAGAUAUUUCAUCAUUUUUUCCCACUCCAAGUGCCUAUCAACCAAUGAUUUAUGGUGCUCCUUCCGAGGCACCUGCUCCAGCACCCAGUUCAGGGGAAUUUGAGGGCAAGAAGUCUUCUGGUUCAGCUAGGUUGGAUUGUGCAGGUGCCAUUGUUGGUCUUCUGCUUUGCUUUGCAUUCAUAAGUACCAUGGUUAUUGUUUGA